GCCCUCUUUGGUUGAAGCGCCAAUAGAGACUAAACAACUGCGUCAUCUUCGAUCCAGCUGUAACUUUCACUUUCACUUCACGGCACUUGGACCGGAAAAUAAACCAUCAGCGACAUAUAGAACAGCUAGUAAACGGCUUAUGGUCAGGACAGACUCUUUCUGACUGCAUUUACCUGUCUUCUUUAUUAACUGAGUUUCGUUUUCGUCCGUCAGGUCAUGGCUGACAUCUGCAAUAACCGCCCGAUAAAUGGCAAGAUGGACGGUGGUGCGGAGGAGGAAGGAAGUGAUUUAGAAGUGGCCAAGAUGGAGCUCGAGAAAUGGAAGACUCAAGCAGAGAAAGCUGAUGAUGUCAAAGCCAGGCUGAUACUGGAAAAACUGGAAGAAGAUGAAGCCAAGACAAAGGCCCAGCAGGAGAUGAUGGCUUGUGUUAAAAAGCAAGAGAAGUGUCAGAAUGAAUUCACUCAGGGCAUGGACGAAGUGCAGGAGGAAAUCCUGAAGCUUGGUAAGCGCAGACAGGAUUUGCUGGACAAAGUAAAGAGAUGUCAAGCUGAUUUAGAGGCCAAGAGGGUUGAGUCCACCCAACUGAAGCAGAAAUUUAAGAUCUACGCCCAGAUUCCAGACACAGAAGUGAAGUUCAGCCAUCAGAAUAAAGAGGAGGGGGAUGAUGACAGUCAGCCAAUCACAGGAGUGUUUGCCAUCAGCCAGAGACCCACUGUGCUUCUGCAGGGAGGACAGGCACUCAUCACCUUUGAAGAAGAGAAAGUGGCCUCGCAGAUCCUGAAGAUUGCCAAGUGUACUGUGUCUUGUGAGAACAUGACUUUGGAUGUGAAACCAAAAAGAAUAACCAUGGAUCCUGCUGUAAAGUUUGAGGUCCACCUUGAUGUUUCCAGAAAGGAGCUCAAGCUUUCCAAUGUCCCCCCCUCCAUGCCAGAGGAGAGAAUAAAGGACCGACUGGAAAUGAGUUUCUCCAGGCCCAGCAGAGGAGGGGGAGAGGUGGAGAGUGUGGAGUACGAAAAGAACACUGGGACAGGACAGAUCACCUUCCUUCUCCCUGGAGUUGCUGAGAGGCUGGCACUGAGAGGAAGUUACCAUGUGGAUCUGGACUCUGAAGUGAACGUGCAGGUUGGACCCAUUUACAAAUACGAGCUGCGCAAGUUUCAGACAUUCUGUGGCGCUCCAAGGCGUACCAUCCUCCUGGAUGACAUCAAGGACAAGGAGGACGAGGAGGACCUGCAGGACCAUCUGGAAAUCCACUUCCAGAAGCCCAGCAACUAUGGUGGUGAGAUCGAGAGCAUCAAGUACAUCUCCAAGGGGAAGACUCUGCAAGCCUUUUUCUCUGAGGACUGACUUACCAGCAGGGGUCAAACCUACAUCUGCAUGAGCUCCUCCCCAUCCUUUGGGAAUCUGUCUGUCCUCUGUGAUUGUUUGAAGUAGAAAAUCAUUUGUAAUUUGUAAUAUGGUAGUAGCUAUAUGAAGAGAUUAUGAAGUAUAUUAUGGAAAUUUUACUUAUUUGCUGUCCUGCUGAGAAUGACAUUAGAAGACAUGGUGAUAUCUUGUCUGCAUUCAGUAGAGUGUAUGAAUUUGAUGGUAUGUAUUCUUAUCACAUGGUUAGGGUUGUUUUUUUGUGUGCGUGUGGGGAGGCGGGGGUAUAUUAUUCUCCAGAAACACAGAAUGACAGUGAGUAAAUGAAAUGCAUCCAAUCACAUCUGUUAAAAGAAUGCAUCAUACCUAGCAACAGGGUCAACCACACCUCCUCACUGAGGUCAAAGUUUUUGUCUUUUUCUUGCUCAGAGUUCCUCUGAGAAAUUUCCUGAAUCACUCAUGUUUAGGGUAAGUUAGGAGGUCUGUAAGAGUAUUCUCAGAAUAUUCGUGAAUACGGCCUCUAAUGUUAAAUAGCAUGACACAUUUAAUAAGAUGGUGCUCACACCAACAAACCUCGUGAUAAAAAAGCAGCCCUCUCAUUUCUUUCAAUGAGGCCAGUAACAUCAAGGCAGCAGGGGUGCCAACACAGAGGGCUCUGGGAAAUAAAGCCCCGUUUCCACCAAAUGCGUUUGGUAUAGUAUUUUUGGAACCAAAAGUAACCCUUCAGACAUGGUACCUAGACCCUAGAUCUAUUCAGUGUUUCCACAGUACUCUUAAAUGUGGGCAGGGAUGUUGUCACUCGGUGCUCCGUCCAGCACUCGCUGUAUUUCCUCAUCACCGGUGACACAGAGGGAAGUCUGCACCUCCUUUAUCGUCCACAGAACGGGGUUGCAAGCCAACAUUUUCAGAACAAAAUAGAACAGGCCAGAGUGGGAGUCUCUCUCGAUGGGAUAUUAAAAAUAGUGGGUUUGUGCAUUUACUUCUUCUCAGGCAAGUGCAGGGGUUAUGUGUUGCCUGAGCCCACAGGAACAACGCUCCACAUGGCUCCAUGAAGCUCCACGACGCUUUUUUUUCCUCCAAGUGAGGAUUAGUAUAAUAUAUGCAGUUCACAUAAUUUGGGUAAAAUUAAUACAUAUUUUUAAACACUUGAAGAUCCCCUCAUUACUAAAAGUGUAUGUCAUUGAAGAGAGAGAAUAGAAACUAAUGGAACGGUCAAAGUUGUCACAUCAAAUUUAAGGUGUGCUGAUCAAUCAAUCAAUCAAUCAAUCAAUUUUAUUUAUAAAGCCCAAUAUCACAAAUCACAAUUUGCCUCACAGGGCUUUACAGCAUACGACAUCCCUCUGUCCUUAAGACCCUCACAGCGGAUAAGGAAAAACUCCCCAAAAAAACCCCUUUGACGGGGAAAAAAAACGGUAGAAACCUCAGGAAGAGCAACUGAGGAGGGAUCCCUCUUCCAGGACGGACAGACGUGCAAUAAAUGUCGUACAGAACAGAUCAGCAUAAUAAAUUAACAGUAAUCCAUAUGACACAGAGAGAGAGAGAGAGAGAGAGAUGCAGGUAAUGACAGUAGCUUACAACAACAUUAAUGAAAGUAAUAAUAUUAUAGUUAUGGUUCUGGUUACUGCGGUACAAUAUGUUGAAAGUAUGUAUUAAUACCUGGCAGUAUACAUGUGUGACAAUAAUCAUAUGUGUAUAAUAACAGAAGAAGUAUGACUAAUGACUAAUGAUGGCAGCAGCAGCAGGAGGCAUCUGGCAGGACCACGGCAGCAGCACAACCACACACGUCACGCUGUCCAGGCACCGCUGUGAUAUGAGUUAAUCUGAGAGACAGUGGAGCACAAAGGCUCCGGAGAAGAAGCCGAGUUAGUGACAUCCAGAAUGGCCGAGUUAGCAAGAUGCAGUAAUAGAAUACGAGAGAGAGAGUGAGAGAGACAGAGAGAGAGAGAGAGAGAGAGAGAGAAGGAGAGAAGGGGCCCGGUGUAUUAUAGGGGGGUCCUCCGGCAGACUAGGCCUAAGUCAGCCUAACUAGGGGCUGGUACAGGGCAAGCCUGAGCCAGCCCUAACUAUAAGCUUUAUCAAAGAGGAAAGUCUUAAGUCUAGUCUUAAAUGUGGAGACGGUGUCUGCCUCCCGGACCGUAACAGGAAGAUGAUUCCACAGGAGAGGAGCCUGAUAGCUAAAGGCUCUGGCUCCUGAUCUACUGAUGGAUUCACAUCGUCACCUCAUACAUUGAGUAAUAUUACAAGUAAACGUUCCACCUUAAAAGUUGCUGACAGUCGGCCCAGGGAAUUUAAUAAUUUUUUCUCAAUCUGCAUGCUGCUGCUAGAGGCAGCAAAACAUUAAUAAUAUAAAACUCUCCACAGUAAGAAAACAGUGGUCACAUAAGCUUCAAAACCAGCCACAACUGAGCGCUGAGCAAGAGUGACCAUCCUCUAUUGACCAAUCAAUGGACUGCAGUGUUUCUAACUUUUAGUACCAGAUCUGUGUGCUUGGUACCCCACUAGCGUGAUGACCAAUCAUGGGGACAGUAAGGAACUGUUCCAUUGGUACCAUCCACAACUCUUCAUGGUGGAAAUGGAAAAAACGUGCGCUGAACUGAACUGAACCAGACUGCUUGAUGGAAACGGGGCUGAAGCAGAACCAAACUAUACUUCUGCUGCAAUUAAACACGUCAUCCAGCUAAACACUGCAGUAGCCAAUCAGAUACAUGCAAGCAGAUAUUCUUGAUAGAAUACUUUGGAGCAUGAACACUGUAUUGAUCGUUGUAACAAAGAUAAAAUAGUUGCCUCAGUGAUUGUAAAAUUCUCUCAGUAGCUAUUAUGAACUACUGUUCAAGGUGUUGCUACUAUUCGGGAAUUUCUCACUUCAGUACAGUACCUUGAAAACUAUUCAUCUUCGAUUCCAUUUCGAUGGCAGGGUUAGAGAAAAUGAUCAUAGAGGGAGUUCAAGAUAAAUAUAACAAGGCUAUAACAAUUUAAAGUCAGUGUGUAUUGAUACAUUAUUAUUUUUUGACAACACUACUGUGCAGUGGUUUAUCAUCAGUUUCAAUUUUCAAUUUUAUUUAUAAGCCCAAUAUCACAAAUCACAAUUUGCCUCACAGGGCUUUACAGCAUACGGCAUCCCUCUGUCCUUUGCACCCUCACAGUGCGUAAGGAAAAACUCCCCAAAAAACCCCUUUAACAGGGAAAAAAAAAAAAAAGCAUUACUGAGAAGCAUUACUUUCACAGAUGUGUCAGUUACA